AUGCUCUAACCUUCUCCGUGUGAGAAGAGGCUUUGCUCAGCAGUGGGCAUUUAUAGGCUGUUGAUGAUGAUGAUGAUCAGUCAGUCAAACAUCAAAUCAAGUAAACAUAUCCGACGUACACUCACUCUUCAGAGUCUCUAAUGGAUUCCCUCCUAUAUAUCUACUGCUAUUGUUCAUAGAACAGUACAUAAUAAGAUUA